UAUCAGCAUAUUACGGAAGAUUCAAAAAUGGUUUAUCUGAAAACAAACAAUAUACUUUAUUUUAAGGUCGUUGGAAGAUAAAGUUCGUACACAAUUUUAAAUUCCGAAACGAUCAUGAAGCAAAUCUAAGUGAUUUUCAGAAAAUACUAACAUUGAACUUUAAAGGCGAACAUAACAAACAAAUUCGUUGCUGUGUCUGUUUUCACUCAAGAUGGAUUUAGUAGAUUUUCUUAUGUAAAUAUUUUUUACUGACUCGUGAAAUAAUUACAAAAUUAAAGUUUGUUUCAAGAGGCAAAAACUUUUUUUAUGGUCGCCAUGCCAAUGUGUUCUGCAAACCUCAUUUGAAAGAAAAAUGACUGAGGGACAUUGUUAAAGAGAAUGUGUAUAAACAAACAGAUUGAAUUAAAGUGAAGGACUUAUCUUUCAGCUAGCCAACGAUAUGGAGGAAAUAAAAAAGACACUAAGUCAGUACCCUUCUAGCUUCAGUGUCACAGAAACAAUAGCUACCAUGUCACGUGAAGAAAUAAAAAAGAAAAAACACAAAUUGGAGAUUGAACUGGAAUCUUCUGAAAAAGAAUUUAGCACGGACAUGGAAAAGUUAACAGUCGAGAAUUUCCUUUCGUUUCUUCAUUUUUAUCUUGGAGAUCAAGUGAAGGCAAGAGAGUUUAACGACAAAGUUUUAGACAGAGAACCGGAGAAUAUGAUAGCUUUAUCGAAUAAAGCAUGGUUUUCUUUGCGAGACCUUAAAAACAUAAUGCAGUGCAAAGAACUUUGUGAACAUCUCAAAGCAAUAAAGAGACAAAAUCAAUUGGCUUUUAUAAUCGCAAAAGCUGAGGUAGCAUUUACUUAUUCAAGACUAGGAAUACGGAAUUAUAAGAAGGCUUCGUCAGAGUUUGAAAACGUUCUUCGAGAUUGCGAGAAGAUUAAAGAACUGGAUAAUGUAUCGGACUCUGCUGCUAACUCCACUACAGUUCAAGUUCCGACCGACUAUGUAUGUGUGUGGAUGUAUCGGAAAGCCCUGUGUCAACGGAGACAGUCAAAUUUGAAUAACAAUGUCGAACUAGCAGAUAUCGAGGAAAAGAAACACUAUUACAGUGUUACGCUAGACCUGUAUAUGAACAUAAUUGGGUUAGAAAAUUGUGAAAGCGAUUGCAUCAAGAGAUACAAAGCGAGAUCAUAUGUCGAAAUGGGUUUUAUUUCUUAUGAUGUCACUAGGAAUCGAUCCGUAUUUCCAAAUGGCAUGGAAGAGUUGAUACCUACCCAUUCAUCAUUUUUUAUGGAUACGACAGAUUAUUUUUAUAAAGCUCUUGAGUAUUAUCCGGAUGAUGUAUCUGUUCUUGAACAAAGCGGGAAGUAUUUCCGAUACAUAAAUGAACAUAAAAUAUCAAUAGAUCUACUAACUCGAGCUAUUCAAAUCAAACCAACCUCUUUUGGUUAUCAUCACAUUGCCCUGACGUUUAAAAGGCUACUUGAAUUAAACAGAGGGGGGUUAGCUCGGCAAUUACUACAACGUUUCAUGGACUGUAAAGAUGGAAUAGAGAACUUUCCACAAAUUAGCACGAAACCCGAACGUUGUCGCAACCGAGGUACUAAUAUAGCCUUCGAUCGGUCGAGGCUGAAAAGCAGGUCUGGAAUAAAAUGUCCAAAAGAACCAAUCAUUAUAGACUACAAUGAACACAAGCUUGUUGUUGAUAAAGUCAUUGCGUAUCUUGAUACAUCAUAUGAAAUGUCGUCAAACACGAAUGCAAUAUACGAUAAGGCCUUACUUUACAGGCAAAUAAGUCAACCUGAAACUGCAUUAACGGUUUUAACAGAUUUAUUACAGAAUAAUGAUAAAUUCAAUACACGCAUUAUGCUUGCGAAUAUUUACGAGCAGUCCGCAUUUUGUAUAAGUGAUAUGUUACUCAACUCUUAUGAUGGCAAAAUGAAUGAAAAAAGAGAUCUAGAGGCAACAAGGGACUUUUAUUUAAAAUCAUCAAUUGAGAUUUCAUGUGCCCUUAUUGAUAAGAUUCCAUCCCUCGAAAAUGGCUGGAAAUCUGCUGCGACACUCGGGAAUCUCCUAAAUGAUAAAUUAGAGACAGAAAGAACGAAAGAUACACUUAAGGAGCUAUGGUAUCUUUACGGAAAGCUAAAUGAGCAUCUCGAUGCAGUUAAAAUACUUCAAGAACUACAAACAUUAGCAAAUGACACAGAAGAAGAAAGGGAGUUCAUUGAGGGAAUUGUAAAACAUCAUUUUUUAAUGAGAAACUUCGAAGAGGCAGUCAUCGCUCUAUGUAUGUCUAAGCAACUUAAAGAUGGGCAACCAAUUAUUGAAAAGCAUCUGUACAUCGAAGUUUUCAUCGAGGCUGGUUUAGAUGCUUUCAGGCGACAACAUUAUCAAAAGGGGAACAUGCGUAUUAAAGAGGCGUUUAGAUUUGUGAGAGAAUCUCAACAAACUCACAAAAAUACUGAAGCGUCUGAUGAAACAAACAUAGAUGCAGAGGAAAAUGAAUCAUUAGACCUUUUUAUUCUUUCAAACCUUGAUGACGACGAAAAUGGUCGAAAACUAAUGAUGCUUUUAGAUAAUCUUGGACUGAAAACAACAUUCAAUACAGAUAGUCCAGCGAUUACUCCAGGGACACCCGAAGUAACUGGAAUAACAGACAUAAUGAAUAAAUCGAAUGCUUUCGUGGUUUUAAAAGAUUUUGAUACAGACAAUAAGAAAAUGCAACAUAUAAUUGAUAGAAUGCAAAGCAUUGUUGAAAACAGGAACACCAAAACAUUGAUUUUAGUAGUGACACUACCAGAAUCGACAGAAAUACUCCCUGGAUCUUUUUAUGCAACGCAUAAAACAAUUGCAAUUGAUCUUAAAUCUGUAUCAGAGGACUCUUUCUUUACAGUUGUACCCGAGGGUCUCAAAAGUUUGUUGAUGGCUCUUGCAUCGGUGUAAAAAAGCUAGCACGUUGUUGAAUUGAAGCUCUUUGAUCCUUGUACGGUUAUGUACAUUUUCUAUAUACUGUUCGCUGAAAUAUGUGUUAGAUGACAUAAUAAUUGUAAUUGUUUCUUGUUAAGUAAAAUGCAAAUGAGUGAUUUUCCUUAGUUCGAACUUUUUUCCAUUUUUUGUCAUCGUUCAAAAGUACAUCGAUGUUGAAUUAAAUAUCGUAGAUACGACGAAUGUUGUUUCACCUUCGCAGGAUGUUGGUUGCAGAGUAAAGUUUAUACAUUGUUAUUGUUAAAAUAAAGGAUGACAACUUUGUCGAAAAAUGGAACCGAUAGAUGGUAGGAUCGAGAAGAUGACGAAGCGAAAAACAUUCACCUUCUCCAAUUUAAACAAAAUAAGGCUAGAUAUAGAACAACAUUCAAUUAAAUUCAGACUUGUUAUUGUCAAUCGAUUAAAAAAAAGUAUUAGAGAAAUUUAAGAAAAUAGUUUUUGUUGUCAGAUUGAUGACGUAUUCUUUCGUAAGAUUUGACGGUCGUACUUAGGACUGAUAAAGUAACAACAUAAUUUAGGAUCGUGUUUGAUGUUUCAGCAAAAUGUAAAGGGAUACCUUUCUCUAGAGACCAACAUUGCAAAAAGAAUUGUUUAAUGUUAAUCAUUGUGUCAAGCGGCAUGAAUUAGAAUUUGUAUAGCAAAGCCAUUUGCAGGGAUAAUAAUGCAUUCAAAAAUAUUUGUCAGCUUGUCCAACAGAUGAUGUUCAUUUGUAUUUCUAACCAUUUUCCAUGGACAACUCCCUGUGUCAAUUGUCCUUAAUAUUUCUCAAAAGUUGGCGUCGUAUGCAAGAGCUUGUGCGAUAUUUUUGAUGGCAAAAAUGGCCUUGCAAAUGGUACCUGCUAUAUUGUUUAAAUAUCAGAAGUUAAUGGUUUCUUCAGUCAAAAAGAUAUAGUGUACAAAUUGCAAGGGCAUAAUAAACCCUUUACUUUUUAUCUGCCAACAAUGAGAAAAGGUAUUCAUUUUUAUAAAAAAGUAAGAAAUACAUUACUUGCAAACAGUAAAAUAGCAUAAAAAUAUCAUUCAA